AUGGAAAAAAAUACAGUAGGAAAAAGGGGGAAACAUAGUGGACAGCCUACAAAACGUACUAAGCAUACUAGCGACAAUAUUGAAAAUUCAAAUGAGGAUAAAUUUGUUAAAGCCUGUAAACAAGUUUCUCAAAAUGCUUAUUAUAAUUAUAAUAAACGGUUGAAGCUUUUAUCUCUUCCAUAUUGCAAUACUUGUAUUCAAUCUUCUACAGAACCAUCAGAAAUGUCUCAGGAAUUGGAAAGCUUUAAACGUGAAUUCAAUCUGAAUAUGUGGUAUGAAGCUUUGGAAACAUGUUACUAUAGCAUAACACCGACACAAUACCUACCUGCAAAUGUAUUACUGGGCAUUGUUGAGAUUAUUCUGAAUGGACGUGAAAAUAUUUCAACUCAAUACUCAAUGGUACAAAUUAUAAACAAGUGUCAACAAAUAUUGUCCUAUCAUUUUAACAUGCAUCCACCUUGCGACAAUCAUUCCAAAAUUAUGAAUUGCUAUAAAACCUUUUUAACACAAAAUAUGGAAGUCAAAGAGCAGAAAUACUCAAAAAGAAAUGAUUUUGGUUACACUGAUGGUAUUAUUAAAUACUGUUUCAAUAGAUUAGAGUAUGAGAUGAAUGCUAAAAGUAAUGAUGAUCCUUUGUAUAGUACGGAUGAAAUAGAUUUUGAAUAUAACAAAAUAUUUAAAGAAGGAACAACAAAUAGUCUUACAGUCAACAGUAUACACCGGCUUAACUGGGAGCAGCAAAACUAUCAAAUAUUUGAAAUGUUAAACCGAACAGAAAGAAUCAACAGGCUGAUGGCGACUCUAUAUAGUUUGGUUGAAUUAAUACAAUUUGACAUUUAUGACUCUGUCAGAAAUAAAAAGGUACGCGACUCAUUUCUGUAUGUGUUAUUUGAAAUCGAUACCGGGACGAAUCAAUACAGUAAUAAACUUGGCAAACAAAUAAUGGAGAUAUUUGCUUAUUUAAUCCAUCUAGAUUAUCCCGAUGACCACAUUAAAACUAUGAGUCUGUGGUUAAAUGCGCUGUUCGAAGUAUUUUAUUUCACAACGACUUUAGAACAAGACUUUCCGCUGGCAAGUAGUGAAAUAACUAAUUUGGAAGCUCAAUUUUAUGAUAUUAUUAAAAAAUUACCACCCCAGUCUAUUAUCAAGAUAUUGGAAAGAAUAGAACCUCCAUACAUAAAAUACAUUAUGAGUCGUAGAUACUUUAAUGACGAGCUCAUGUAUGAUCACACUAAUGUGAUUGAUGCUAUAUACGAUUUUAUACAAAAAUCAUAUUGGGAAAAUUUUCCCAAAAAUAAUGAACAUUUUAUUAAAAAUGAAAUAAAUCAGGGUAUUGAAGCAAAUGACAUAUUGAAACUUUUAUCGCAGAUAUGUAUGAACGCGAAUUUCAAAUGUAAUGAAAGAGAAGAUAUCUAUAAAAAGUUUGAUGAAAAUUGUUUGUCUGAGAGUGAAAUGACUCAGAAUGAUGUCAUAAAACUUUUAUAUAUAUCUCUUGAAGCCCUUUUGGAUGCUUUUAAUGUACGAAAAGUUCACGAUGCAGUACAAGGAAGUACACAAGAGGAAACACCAGUACUUACUUCGUACCAUGUAACAACUAACUUGGAAAUCGAAUAUAAAAAUAUAUAUAGAGCCCAAAAAAAUCUAAUAGAGCUGUUACAACAAAAGCAAGCUGCAGGAGAAUUACCAAAGUUUUUAGAGUGCCUUAAAAUUAUUUACAUU